GCAGUACAACUGACGAAAGUUCAAAAAAGCAUUUCUUUGUCAAUACAAAAAAUAUUUGUGCUACAUAAAAUCGCAACGGCGGAAAGUAACGUCAGCAAUUGGCGAAGUAGCAUUAACGAGGAUAUAAUUCUUUGUCCACGCGUCAACCAAAAAAUUUCCACCAUUCCUCAUUCAACGCUUGGUGCUCAUUUCUCGCAGCCUUACGACGACCCAAGGCAACGUUGGAAUCCAACCAACGACUACUAUUCAGGCCCCAUAAUAGCGCACGAAAGGAACGUGAAAGCAAGCACCAUUGAGGGAGGCAACAGUACCGGUGACACCAGUAUCGGAGGCAGCGGUUUACACCUUGCAAUAACGGCUCAUCAAACUGAUACUGAGCGUUUUCACGACAAUCCGAGUAAUCGAGGAGGAGGAGGCGGCGGCGUCAGCUGCGGCGGCCAAUCACCGCCUACACCAACGGUGGGUAAAACCCUGUUAAAUACCAGCCCCAAUCUUUUGCCGAUCACUACCGCAUCGGACACUUUUAAUAACUUGAAGAAUUUGGUAAAGAUUGAUAAGGGUUCUAGUCCAACAAACGGCAACACUAAUAGUGGUGGCAGCAGCUAUCGCCCGAAGGGGAACAACGUUGGUGUUUACAAGAACAACGGUAACCUUGGACAUAUUGGUGGGCCAACUACAACCGCUGAAGACCGCGGUUUAAUCUCCAACGGAAGCGGAUCAUCUGGUGCGAAUAUCAGUGUUGGAGGGCGAGGAGGAGCAGGCAACGCUUCGGGAUAUAUUGGUACAGGAUUUAAUAGGAACUCCGCCAAAAUUCGUCAAUACGAUUCGGACGUAAGCCCACGACCUCGACGAACUUACCAGGGUGACUCGUCGUCGUCGCGUUACUAUAACAAGAAUAGUGACACUUUGGGACAGGGCCCCAAAUCUUCCGUUGGACCCGGCGGUAACGGCACUCUUAUCGGUGCUGGAUCCGGCAGUGGCAGCGGCAUUGGACGCGCUAUCAUAGGUAACGAAGGUAAUAGCGGACGCGGCUCUUACAACGCCGACGGAAGCAGCAACAGACGUUACAACAACAAUCAAGGAUCUUCAGAUGGCGGCUAUAACAGUGGAAAUCGUAAUUUAAGCUAUUCAAAUACUGGCGGAGGCAAUAGCUAUCGCCAACAACAGAGCUCACGUUACGAAAACGGAAAUGGACAACAGCGGUCAUAUGGGGCCGCACCAAAUGCUGGGUACAAUAACAGUCAUUCAAAUAAAUCAGGUUAUGGACCACGUAGCGGAUACAAUGAUGGAAAUGUAAACAUAAGAUCAAAUCACCGGGACGAUUACGGUAGCAGCAAUAAUUAUCGCGAAUACGACGAUACACCACGUUCACGUUACAAUACAGGAAAUAAUAGCAACACAAAUAGUUUAGAGCGCGGCAAUAACGGGCGCUAUAAGCCCUCUGAGCCGGGCACCGGCAACGGUCAUCUACCUUCUGCUCUCCGACAAGGCGGUAUUUCAAUAGAAGAUCGCUACGAACGCGCACCAGCAGCCGCUGAAGGCGGCAGAGCCUAUAAUAACCGCACGCCACCAAUUCGAGGCGGAAAUGUAUCAGGAUCAUCAACAGCAGCAACAGGAAUCGGAUCCGUACCAGGUGCACCCUCAUCCACACCAUCUUCCGUAAAUUCAGCAUCAUCUUCGUCGCGAGGCAUAUCGCCAAACUCGGCUGGCGCUGCAGUCAGCGCACAGCAUCCUUCACCAUCACCCACACCACCGCCACCAGCUGCGGGUCGUUGGGUGCCACCGUCUUUACGUCCACAGCAUGGACUUACUCAGAGUGAAAAGAACGAUGCAGUCUUCAGGAAGGUUCGUGGUAUUCUCAACAAAUUGACUCCUGAAAAAUUCCAAGAACUUAGCGAUGAAUUGUUGAAGCUUGAUCUAAACUCAAUUCUCAGUUUGAAUGGUGUAAUAUUGCUGAUUUUUGAUAAAGCCUUAGAUGAACCGAAGUACUCGUCUAUGUAUGCACAGUUGUGCAAGCGUCUCUCAGAAGAAGCUCCAUCAUUUGAAAAAGAUCCAAAUAGUUCGUGCACUUUUCUGCGUCUAUUGAUAGCUGUUUGUCGUGAUAAGUUCAAUAAUCGCCUGAAACGUGACAAUAUCGACGGCGAUAACAACAAUCAAUUCAACAAAGUACAUCGACCACAGUCACAACUCAACGUUGGUGAAAAUGACACCGAUGAAGAAGAGCGCCGGCACUUGGCCAAACAACGCAUGCUGGGCAAUGUCAAAUUUAUCGGUGAACUCCACAAAUUGGAUAUGUUGUCGAAGAAUGUGCUGCAUCAGUGCAUCAUGGAGUUGCUCGAUAAGAAGAAGAAACGCUCUGCCACGCCGCAAGAAAUGUGCGAGGACAUGGAGUGUUUGGCACAGUUGCUCAAAACGUGCGGUAAGAACCUGGAUUCAGAACAGGGCAAAGAGCUGAUGAAUCAGUAUUUCGACACUUUGGAACGCCGAUCAAAAUCGACUGACUAUCCGCCAAGGAUACGCUUCAUGCUGAAGGAUGUCAUCGAAUUACGUGAAAAUAAUUGGAUACCCCGUAAAGUGGCGACCACUGAGGGACCCGUGCCCAUCAAGCAGAUACGCACUGACGAUGAUACAAUUAUCCGUACACCGUUCGCACAAAGGAAUCGCGAUAUGCGCAAUAAUGAUCGUGAUGGUGAUAACUGGAUGAAUCGCUUCCACAUAAAUCUGCAGCCAGGAUACAAUGACAUGUUCAGCAGUUUAAGUGUGACGGGUGCAUCGCCAAUUGUUUCACCAUUCGCUACCAACAACUCAAAUCGACCCUAUAAUGGGCGUGACCGCAAUCAAGGUGGGCGUGAUGGUAACAAUUACAACAGUCGCUAUAAUAAGCACAACAACCAAAAUGCUGGACCCGGUGGUAAUCGUGAAGAUGGGCGUGGUGGCCGUAAUAGCCAUAAUAUGGGACGCGAUGCUGACUCAUCUGGUACCUCGCAAUACAGUAGUGGCGGCAAUCCUCUUUUGAAUAGCAAAGAAUUAGCACCACGCUUCAAACGCAAUUUGAUGUCGACAAAUCAAGAUCCAGUUGAGAAUCUUCAAAUGCGCCCAGCCGCAAACUCACUUCUCUUUAAGGCGGCUUCUCAGAACCAUAAACUGCCAACAAUGUUGCCAAUGUCUACACCGCCAACUAGCGGUGGGGGUGGUUUUGGUAGUGGAAGUUUUAGCCGUAGCGGUACUCAGAACAAAGAACAACUAUCCAAUACACAAUAUCCGCUUCUCGGCACACCCACUUCACAUAUAACCAACCCAGUUCGCCCUUCAUCGACACCUUCUGCUGAGUAUGAUAUCGAAAAAGGUGCUCAUUCCACCCACUUGGGCUUAACUAUUGACAGAGGUCUGAAGGCGACUUCUUCUUCACCAAACUUCGGAGCUCCGAACUCGGUGAUUGGAGAAAGGGGUAAAUCUGGCGCGGCUGAAAAUCAUUCGGAAUUCCAAAGCGUGUCAGAUGCGGCGGAUAAGAAACGCAGCACAACGCCUGUGGACGCGCAGCAAGUGGUUACUAAACAAGGUUCCGUGGAGAAGACGGCGGGCGCAGGUGCGAAUAAACAGAAAAAGGAUAAGGCAUUCAAUAAAGAAGAAGUAUUGAAAAAAACUACAGCAUACGUUAAGGAUAAAUUCUUCUACGAAACUGAUGAUGAGGAAGAUAUAACCAUAACUGGAGAACAAAAUACCGAUGAGGAUAUUGAUCAGAAUGACAGCGGUGUGGCCAGCUCAAGCGCGAAUGAAAGUAGCCAAGGCAAGCAAUUUACUGCGCUGGUAGAUGGUUUCUUAGAUUUGAAAGUGCCUGAGAAAUGUAUGAAAGAUGUUUGCGUUAAUAUCAUUAUGGAUGUACUUGAAAAGGCCGAGGACAAGUAUUUGGAUCGUGUCAUUAAUUUCUUGCAAGCAGUGCGCAAACAAUGCAACAUAAAGUCCAACAUUAUAUUGGAAGUAUUCAAACAAGUCAUCAACAAAAUGAACGAGCGUGAAGCUUUAAAUCCACGCAUUGCUACACAUGUUGCUGGACUAUUGAGCCGUGCUGCUGGCGACGCGGGUCUACUCAAGUUGACCGAUAUUGCCAAUUAUACGGACAAUGGUCAACACUACCCACUCUUCCUGCUCGUGCUACAGCAACUGCACAAAUCCAUUGGCAAGGAAGCAUUAGCUGACAAAUUUCGCGCAAGUAAAAUUGAUUUAAUGAAUAGUUUGCCAGAGGUGGAUCGUAAUAAGACGCGUUUAGCUGAAAUUCUGGAUGAUCGCAAUUUGGCUUUCCUGUAUCCGCUGCUCAAAGUGCAAGCUGAGAUGUGGAAACAGUUAACCAGUGAUCCAAAUCCUGCAGCAUUCUAUAAAUGGAUUAAAAGCAAUUUGGACGCCAAAUACUAUAAGGAUGCAGGAUUUAUUAACGCACUCGUGACCGUAUUGGUGAAAUAUAUCACACAAGAAACCACUUUGGCCGAAGGUACCGACACCAAGAAACAUCCCGAUCGUGCGACCAUUGAAAAAGAGGAAUCGCUGCUGCUUAAGUAUUGCCAAAUUUUGCAGACAUUCCUAGGCGGUAGCAACGAGUUGCAAUUGAUCGCUAUCUAUGCUCUACAAGUUUUCUGCUUCAAUGAAAAUUUCCCAAAAGGUAUGCUCUGUCGCUGGUUCAAAUAUCUCUAUGAGGCGGAAGUUAUCGAAGAGGAGACAUUCAUACUAUGGAAAGAGGAAAUAUCCGACAAAUACCCAGGCAAGGGCACCGCAUUAUUCCAAGUUAACAACUGGCUGACUUGGUUACAAGAGGCCGAAUCUGAGGAUGACGAUGUCUGAAUUUAGCGAAUCCAUUAUUGCAAUAAAGAAAAGAGAUAUAUAGAAUUUAAACACUAUUUAAUAACCUAUUAAACUAAUAUAACACAAAACUAAAACAAGAAAAAAAGAUUAAAAACAAAAAUAUAAAAAAAAUACAUAUACAUAUACAUAUAUAUAAAGAAACCAAACGAAAUGGAUAAAGCGUUGAUAGUUCAUUUAGCACAUCUCAAAAUUAACACAAUUCCAAAUACAAUUUAACUUACAAAAACAAUUAAAGAAUGCUGCAAAGAAGCGAAUAGAAUCGCAUGCACGCUAGUUUCAGAAAAUCAUUAAUAUGCAAUUAUUAUAAAAAUAUUUAUACAUCUUAAAAAGAAACAAAUUCAAAAUCAAAACGACAAAAGAUCAGACUUGCACAGGAGAUAAUUGAAACGAAUUGAAUGAUAAUUUUUGAACGUACUUUUAAUAUACUUAUCCUACUCCUUUUCCCUUUAUGUCUCGAUCCUGCAACAAUGCAUUAUAUCCAAUAUAAAGGAAACACAUAAAAAACACAUUUAGAUAAUUACCAAUUUAAACAAUUUUCCUAAACUCUGAACCGCAGCGCUCGAUAAUUUUUAUUUAGCAAAUUUAUUUCAAUAUCAACUGAAUGCUUCGACUUUAUUUCUUAUUUUUAAACUGAAACAAGUACCACAAAAAUGUAAUAAAAAACUUAUAAAGAGUUUAAAUCGUUGAUGACUUAAUACCUUUGAGAAUGAAAGUUGAAAGCAGUGGAUCGCGUGGCUACAAGUUUGAACUUAUUAAAAGCAAACAAACAAAAAAUUAAAACAACCAAAUCAAUUGUAAGCAAAACAAUCUGCUGCCACUAUUCAUUUGCGUACGAUUUCUUAAAACUUAAAAUGUGUCCGCAUACAGGCUCUGAGCGUUUUUGUGAAAUUUUGCCAAAUUAGCAUAAAAACAUUCGUGAUAAAUAUCGCAAAAGCAAGGCCAGUUGUGUAAAAUAAGUAUUAAAGAAAUCAUGAAUAUCAAACCGAUGUUGCGCAGAAACUAACGUAUAUUAAAAGUGAUAAUCCGGUUUGAACUUUUAAGAGAAAUCUGAAAUAAAGCGAAAUAACAGCUGCCGCAAAAA